GUUCGCACUUUGCACAUACGAUGACAGUCACCAACUAUACCAAAACCCCAAGAAAAAGCUAACUAAGCAAGUAAGCAACUAAAAUUCAUUCACCAUUUGUUCGUUGCAGAAUUCGUUGAAGACGAUGAAGCCUGGUGCGUCCUCUCUUGUGACUUUGCUUUCUCUUCUCCUUGCGCUUUCUGGGCUCUGCGUCUUGGGAUCUCGCAUGGUGGAAGAGCACCACGACAACAUCAUUCGGAUGAAGCUCGGAGGGCUUCGUGACUUCCACUACGACGCCGUUUCGAACCACGCUGAAAUCGAAAGCCUCGCUCGUUUCGCAAUUCAAGAACACAACAACAAAGAGAAUGGCCUUCUUGAGUUUGCAAAGGUAUUGAAGGCAAAAGAGCAGGUAGUAGCGGGUAAGAUAUAUUUUCUUACACUUGAAGCAAUUGAUGGAGGAAAGAAGAAGUUAUAUGAAGCCAAAAUUUGGGUGAAGCCAUGGAUGAACUUCAAGCAGUUGCAGGAAUUCAGGCAAAUUCAUGCUAUCACUCCCUUUAAGAGUUCAGACCUUGGCGUUCAGCAAGAAGGACACAAUCUGGGAUGGCAUGAAGUGCCAACUCUUGAUCCUGAGAUCAUAGACGCUGCCAGUUAUGCUGUAAAGUCCAUUGCGCUAAGAUCCAACUCUUUGUCUCCAUAUGAACUUCUGGAGAUUGUUCUGGCCAGGGCCAAGGUAGUUGAAGAUUAUGUGAAAUUAAACUUGCUUCUAAGGUUUUAUGUUAGCUGGAUGAAACAAGAUUCUCCCUGAAUUCGGUAGCUAUCUUUGUUUAAUUUAUGUAAAUGGAGUGACACUUCUCUUACCACUAGGACGAAAAGUGUUGUGUGUAGUGUAUUAUACAUUAUAGGAACUAGUUAAUACAUAUAAAACAUGCCUUUAAUACUUUGAUGUAAAUAAUAAAUGCAUAAUGUGGCUUGCCGUGUAAA